AUGGUCCCAUUUCGAAACACACUGCGGGUCGCUGCUGUUUCGGUGGCGAUCGUUGUACGCGUCUUCCGCUCGCCGGCCGCACCUUGGCCGGUGCAUUGUGUGCGCACCUGGCGACGCUCGCGAUCGAUACGUCGCGACGCCGGCAAGGACCCGCCUCCGGGGCUCAGGCGCCUCGAGAAAUGGACAGGAAACCGCCGGUUGCCCGUUCCGCGUGCCGCUACGGCCCUAAUGUCAAUGGCCCUAAUCGAAUAUGCU